UCGCGUCAUCGCGUAGUUCCUUUCUUCUGCAUUUGGCAUUCGUUGUUGAAGGUCGCGUGUAGACCAUAGUUUUAGUUUAAUUGUAAUUAUUAGGCGUAAUUUUAGUCAUGGCUAAUAACGAUAAUUUUGCACAAGAUAUUACCACCGACAACCAGCUUAAUGGAAAUGCAGAGAACGGUGGCGGUGAUUCGCAAGAUCAUAACAGUGCCGAGGCCCCAGGACGCGAUGACGACAGAAAACUUUUUGUUGGUGGGCUGAGCUGGGAGACCACAGAUAAGGAGCUCCGUGAUCAUUUUGGAGCAUACGGUGAAAUAGAGAGUAUUAAUGUAAAGACAGAUCCAAACACAGGCAGAUCACGAGGGUUUGCCUUCAUUGUGUUUAAGGCCCCAGAGUCAAUAGACAAGGUCAUGGCUGCUGGUGAACACACCAUCAACAACAAGAAAGUAGACCCAAAGAAGGCUAAAGCACGACAUGGGAAGAUUUUUGUCGGAGGACUCAGCAGUGAAAUCUCAGAUGAUGAAAUCAGAAACUUCUUCAGUGAAUUUGGAACUAUCUUAGAAGUGGAGAUGCCCUUUGACAAAACAAAGAACCAAAGAAAGGGCUUCUGUUUCAUCACAUUUGAAUCUGAGCAAGUUGUAAAUGAUUUGCUUAAGACUCCCAAAAGAACAAUUGGUGGAAAGGAGGUCGAUGUGAAGCGUGCAACACCAAAACCAGAUGGCCCCGGAGGCAUAGGCACGCGAGGUGGCCGCGGCGGACGCGGUGCCAGAGGAGGCCGCGGCGGCCGUGGUGGAUACGGCGGCCAACCUUGGGGUAACCAGGGUUACGGCGGCUACGGCUACGGUCAGGGUGGCUAUGGCGGCGGAUACGACAGCUACGGCUACGGGGGCUACGGUUACGAUGGCUACGGGGGCUACGGCGGUUACGAUUACUCUGGAUACCCUAAUUACGACUACGCCGGGUACGGAGGGUACGAGGGCGGGUACGGCGCACGUCAGCCUCCGCGAGGGAAAGGGUACCAGGGGGGCAAGACGCGCGGGGGAGGCGGCGGAGCGCGGACCACACAGCGACACCAACCCUACUAGCUACUGCGACACACGAUACACUACCACUCAGGUUAAGUGACCGGUGAUGAGCGCCCUCGCUGCCGUCCUGCCGCCGUGAGGGCGCGUCAUUCCAUUCCACGUUUAAUGUAAUUUAAGAGAGUAAUCGUUGUAAGAAUUUAAGGAUAAAACAGUGUCGUGGUCGCGCUCGUCGACUAACGUCUCGAUUUAUUAUAAUAUAGUAUGAUUUAUAGUUUCUGAGUAUUAUUGCUGAUUGAAUAGACUGACAUUAUUUGUCGAAAAUUUGGUACCUACUAAUUUAAUAAAACAAAUUAAUGGUAGCAGGAACCAGUGCCGAAAGGUAUAAUAUAUCUACAAAUAGAUGUGUGAAUGUGAAUGUGAAUGCGUGAGCUUGUGUGCGAGCCGCCCUCAACUACGACAGUAGAUACUCUGGAUCUCAGACAAAUGUUGUAGUAUAUAUUUUUAAUUAAUUCGGGUGAUGCGCCUCAGUUUUCAGAAUCAUGUAUUUUUUACAAAGUAGUUGUUUCUUCCAUUGAAUAGGGAUGAAAUUAAAUUUUUAGAAUAAGCUAUCUGACAUGAACAAACUACCAGAGAUACACACAAGAUGUAUGUCGUAAUAAAAAUCUGUAAAUAAAAUAAUUGACUUUUA